UUUUCUUACAGUUGAAAUCAGACAGUUCCACUUAAUUGAUGUUAUGGAUUUGCAGUCUAUGGAGACAGUUGUUGAGUCUCUAAAUGAGGGAAUAGUCUCUAUCUGUAACAUCUACAAGUCUCUCUUGGAUGCACGAGUUGAUCCCACCACUGGCAUGUGCUGUAAUUAUGAACAAAUCAGGAAGCAUAUUAUCCAUGCUGAGCGUUUCCUGGAAAAAUCAGAGACAAUGAUUAAGGAAAAACUUAAAUAUUUAGAAGAAUGCAUGGAGCGACUUAUUAAAGAAAAAGGAAAAGCUGAGCAGCAGAACAAAGAAAAAAGCAAUGCAAAGGAAAAGUUACACAUAGAGAAGAACUCUGCUGAAGAAUCAUUAAAGAAUUCUAAAGCAGCUUUGGAACAGGCUGAAAAAAUGGUAGCAUUGACAAAAGAUGAGCUACAAAGGCAGCAAGCUAGAAAGAACACUGGUACAGGUGUAACAAUUGGAGGUGCUGUACUGGCUGCAAUACCAAUCUUCGGAUGGAUUCCUAUAAUGCUAUCUGUGGGAACCAGCGAAAUUGUUAAGGCUUCAAACGCCAUCAGCGAUGCUGAAAAUGAGCUAAAAAAACAUGAGUCCCAGGUGAAUGAGAAGAGCAUGAAGGUGUCUGAUUACCAAUCCAAGAUUGCUGCCAUACAGAAGGAGACUGAAGAGACAGUUAAGUUGAUAAAUACACUGGAGAAGGAGAAUGAAGAGUUGAAGCAGCAUCUACACUUCACAGCUGAUAUUCAGGAAACGGUCAGGAGAGCUGUGACCCUUCUGACUGUUCUUAGUGGAAGAGUCACUGUAUUGGAGAAACAGACUAAGAGCUUCAUCAUCUGGGAGCCUGUGAUAAAGGCCAUGGAAGAUGUGAUGGAGGCAGCAGAAAAGGUUGUAAAGAAUCAGUUCCUUCGUAGUCAGGGUUUACAAGAAUUCAUAAAUACUUUGAGGGAUAAUGUUAGAGAAAUACUGGCUUUAUGCAACUCUACCAAUAAUUCUGAACUUGACAGCUAUUACUAAUCAUCAUCUAAUUAAUACCUAGAAACCACCUUAAAUAUGCAAGAGGGGCAAAAGACUGAGACAUUAAAAUACAAAACAUGAGAUAUUUGAUAAAAAAAAAAAAGCAUGGCAUAACAACAAACAACUCCAAAAGUGUUAUAGUUAAUCAACAGUGCAUGUUUAAGUCUUUCACACACACACACACACACAAAUGAAACAAUUAUAGCUUCUAAUAAUUAACUAAUUAUGAUUAAUUGCUACUAUUGCUACUAUUAAUUCAUUUAAUCAAUCAAUCAAUCAAUCAAUCACCUUUAUUUAUAUAGUGCUUUAAACAAAAUACAUUGCGUCAAAGCACUGAACAACAUUCAUUAGGAAAACAGUGUCUCAAUAAUGCAAAAUUAUAGUUAAAGGCAGUUCAUCAUUGAAUUCAGUUAUGUCAUCUCUGUUCAGUUAAAUAGUGUCUGUUUUUAUUUGCAAUCAAGUCAAUGAUAUCACUGUAGAUGAAGUGACCCCAACUAAGCAAGCCAGAGGCGACAGCGGCAAGGAACCGAAACUCCAUCGGUGACAGAAUGGAGAAAAAAACCUUGGGAGAAACCAGGCUCAGUUGGGGGGUCAGUUCUCCUCUGACCAGACGAAAACCAGUAGUUCAAUUUAAAACAGCACAAACUGUACAAUGUAAAAUAAACCUAUUAGUAAUAAGAAUAACAAUGCCGAACAAAAUUAACAACAGACUUGAAAAGGACUGCAAUGCCUCUUUUGGUCUGAAUAAUCAUUUAGAUAAUUAAAAAAAAAACACUGCUAAAUGACCUAGAUAACAUUCAUUAUGUUCGCAAAUUAUUGUGCGCAUAUAAAAAUGCAGCGGGUUUGCUUAAUAACACAUUAUUCUAAGUUUUAUAAAUCCUAUACUUGAAUACCUAUAAUAUUUUUGCUAAACUAAGCAAAAACAUUUUGAAAAGAAAACUGUAAUCCAUCCAAAUUCCUAAAGGGUAUGUUUUCUGUCAAUCAAAAACAAAUACAGCACUGUAUUGUAUUUUUUGCAUGUUCAGUGUGCAGUAAAGUGCAAAGCAGUUUGUUAUAGCACUCAUGCUUGUCAAAUUACAUUUAUUUACAGAUAUAUAGUGCUUUAUACAAAACAGAUGGUUUCAAAGCAACUUCACAGUAAUAAACUGU